CGGUUCCGCUGCACCAGAGAGAAGUGUUCUGCAUCGGCCAAUCAGUCUUCUGUCACAUGUGAUUUCAGGAAGUGCUACGUGACCGAGAAACAGACCACAGCCACGUUCGGCGUUGUCGUCCCCCCCCCUCCCCCGAGUCACCCCUAGAUAAGUUGUGUCUGUGUGUGUGUGUGUGUGUGAUUGAGACGUGUCUUAGUAUCUGAUUCGGAACUGAAGCUACCAGACCCGUACAUCCCAGCUUAGGUGUGACGACGAAAGGUAAGGUCCGCUUCAGUCGAAAACAAUUGGCCUGUCCGCCUCUCCUCGUGGUCGUUGUGUCCAUGCUUGUUUGUGUCCAGACCUCUCCGACCGGUGUUGCUCUGAGGAGAACUUGGCCUGGUUGUUUUUUUGUUGUUGCCUGGUCUAGCCUCUAUCUCGGCCUAUUCUGUGUGCAAAUCGUCUUCAUUUCAACCCCAAUUCCGUCGACUUCCUGUCCGCCUCCAGUGAACCCUUAACAGUGCUUCGUGACGAGGCUUCAUGCGACGGGCUUAGAGGAGGGGCGGGCAGGGCAUGUUAUCUCCACCUAGCAGCCAGUGGCACAGCCCCAGGUCUGGCGUCCUAUCUUGGGGAAGCACCGAGAGCUCAGCUGGGGUGAGCGAGUGGGGGAAACUCUCCCCCUCUCCCUCCUCCUUCCUCUUUUCUUCUUCUCUGGUCCCCAGCAGGGAGCUCGGGAACUUUGGCAUGGAGGACACGUCUGACGCCGAGCGGUCCGCACCAGAGACGACUGUCCCGGGCGAGGAGGAGCAGGAGGAGGAAGAGGAGGAGGAAGAGGAGGAGGAAGUCGCGGUCCGGGAGACAGGAAGCGGAAGCUGGCGUCGGCCGAGCGGCCGAGCCACGGACCUUCCCGUGCUGACCCAGCCUGGCCUGGGGGUCACCACGACGACCAUCACCACCAUCACGCAGACGGGCGGCGGCUGGAGCACGGGGCUGCUGGACGUGUGCGGAGACGUGACCACCUGUUUGCUGGGGGCCGUGGUGCCCUGCUGUCUGGACCUCAGUCUGGCUCACCACUUUGGCGAGUGUGUGUGUCUUCCCCUGCUGCCCGGCUCCACCUUGGCCCUGCGCGUGGGCAUCCGGGAGAGAUACAAGAUCCGGGGCAGUGUGUGUGAGGACUGGACCACGGUGUGCCUGUGCUACCCUCUGGCUGUGUGUCAGAUGAUCCGAGAGAUGAAGAGGAGGAUGAAGACUCAGAUCUACCAGGUGUCCACCGCGCUGGAGAGCUCCUGAAGGACCUGCUCGUCCCUCCCCUGGGCUCCUCCUCGGCUCUCUCUCUCUGCAUCCCCCCUUCCUGUCACAAUGACCACUUCCUGUCACUCCGACCACUUCCUGUCUCCCCUUCUGGUUUCAACUGGUUUGACCAUCCAAGUCCAUGUCACACAUGAAGGACAUUCAUUUUUACGUGCGGGAACUCAUUUAACUGAACGGCGAAUGUGCGCUGUCGUCUCUGAAUUUUACUUUUAAUAAAAAAACGAUUUGAUGUCA